AUGGGACUUUCGUUAACUGAAAAAUCGUUCCUAUACGAUUCUCUAACAUUAGAUCCCCCAUUAAGACCGGAUGGAAGAGGUCCACAUCAAUUUAGACCAUUGGAAGUAUCUACUGAUUUCCUUCCCAAUUCUAAUGGAUCCAGCCGUGUGAUAUUAAGCGGAGGAAGCGAGUGUAUAGUGAGUGUAAAAACUAAAGUCGUGGACCAUACGGUAGAACAAGAAUUGCUUGUUGCUGAUGUCGACAUCCAAGGCCACAGAGAUGACUCUCCAUUGGUUACCAGCAUGUCUUCACUAUUAUCCAAAUUGCUCAAACAAACUAUUGAUCAGAAAAAGCUAAUGCUCACGAAAAGGUACAGUUUCAAACUUUACAUUGACGUUUUGGUGCUUGCCUCCAAAUCAUACCCGAUCUCAAUGAUAUCUUUCGCCAUUUUCAGCGCUUUGAAAAACACAUGGCUACCGAAACUAAUAUCGAACGACGAUGACUUAGAAGUGGAGGAGCUACCCACAUUCCAUGAUUACGAUAUGGUUAAGCUAGAGGCAGAUGCUCCUUUAUUGUUUACGUUCGCAAUUGUAGGAGACGGUGUUUUUGUGGAUCCAACUUUUGAAGAGAGCAUAGUAUCGAACAAUGGCCUUCUAAUUACGUGGUACAAAGAUAAGGUUACUUCUCCGAUAAGAUCUGUUGGCUUGAAUAACGAUAAUAUCAAAGGGUUCAGUCAGCAUCAUUUAGAACAAGCGUUCAAGUUAAUUCGUCAAUACGCACCACAUAUUGAAAAAGCUUUGGAUGCUUCAGAUUAA